ACAACCCGUACCAGCUCAGCACCCCUUCGCUACACGUCCAUCCCUUUAGGAUAGACUAGGUGCAUCCUGUCAACCCCGACGCACACAGUUCUUUUUGCUUUUACAUCUCUCAAGAUGCAGCUUGUCCCGACUGUACUGCUUGCUGCCCUUGCAGCUAUGGCCGUCGCCUCGCCAAUUUCGGUCAACGCUGAGCACGAGAUCCUGCGUCGCGAGCCUGCCCCUCCCCACUCCGAUGGCUCGAUGGGCGGCUGGGGCGGCCUCCCCGACUGGAAGCGUUGGUUGUCGCAAGGCGAGCCCACGUGGAUCGAGGUGCCUGAGAAAGCGAAGCGCUGGUUCUCGUCGCCGACGUGGAUUGAGGUGCCCGACAACGAGGAGCGGAGCGAGGACGUGGCCGUUGAGGCGGAGGCGGACGAACACCACGACCACCCGCACGGCGAUUGGGACCCGUGGGGUUCGCCAGCGUGGAAGCGCGGGACGCAGCAGGGCAACCAGGGGUGGUGAGAUGGGCGUAGCACGCGCUAGGCGCGAUACCGAUAAUGGAUUAUUAUAUUUAUUGAAAUGACCGUGUCAUUACCACCCAUCCGUGCCUGCAUCGGACUUGGACCUGCACCUUUGCACCCUCGUUGCUGCCCGCUGUCCUUUCUGUCCCUCUCGGCCUGUUCUUUUAGUACCACUCUCUACCCCUGCCCGUACCUCUCUUCGCACGUUGGACUUUUGUAUCCCCCCACCCCUCGCGCACCACGCCCAACCGUCAAGGUUGCAGUGGCCUUUGCCAUACUCUCACACUUGCACUCGGACUCCCUUUGACUGCGGAACCUCCCACAUCAGAUCCAAAAGCCUCGCCUCAGACACACAGACACCAGACACACAGACGCGUACUUGUACUUUUUGUUCUCUUUUUUCGUAACCUCGGGAUAAUAGAUGUUGUUCUACG